AAAGCUCACACCCACUUUAACCACAAAAAAGAUAUUUAAAGCAUAACUUGUGCUUAAUCUUCACUCCACCUCGAUGGAUAACAUUGGUGAUGAAUAUAAAAAUUAUUGGGAAACAACCAUGUUCUUACAAUCGGAAGAACUCGAUAGCUAUUUCGAUGAGCCAAUUUCAUCGUAUUAUGAUUCAAGUUCGCCGGAUGGGUCACAGUCAUCGAUGGCAUCGAAGAACAUUGUAUCAGAAAGGAAUAGGAGGAAGAAGUUGAAUGAGAGGUUAUUUGCACUUAGAGCUGUGGUCCCAAACAUUAGCAAGAUGGAUAAAGCUUCAAUAAUCAAAGAUGCAAUUGAUUAUAUUGAAGAAUUGCAUAAGCAAGAGAGAAGAAUUCGAGGAGAAAUUUCAGAGCUUGAAUCUGGAAGAUCGUCAAAGAAGAAUAGUAGUACCGAUCUUGAAUUUGAACAAGAUGAAAGUUUUGAUUCAAAGCCUAAAAGAUCGAGAAGAUUUGAGAUGCAGUAUGGAUAUGAUUCUUCAGGAUCAACUACAAGAUCACCACCAUCUUCUUCCCCUGUUGAUGUUCUUGAGUUGAGGGUAUCUUCAAUGGGAGAAAAGACAGUGGUGGUGAGCCUUACUUGCAGCAAAAGAACAGACACAAUGGUAAAAGUUUGUGAGGUGUUUGAAUCUUUGAAUAUCAAAAUAAUUAGUGCAAAUAUCACUGCUUUCUCUGGGAGGCUUCUCAAGACAGCUUUCAUUGAGGCUGAUGAAGAAGAGAGGGAUCUUUUGAAGUUGAGGAUUGAAACAGCUAUAGCUUCUCUAAAUGAUCCAGAUAGUCCGAUGAGUUCUUAGAACAACAAUAGCUUGGAUUUUAACUAUGUUUCGCCUUCAUGUCAUGAGGAUGUAGUUAUUUGAAGAGUGUUUUGUUCCACGUUAUUUCUACCUCGUUCUUCUUCUUAAAGUUUGGUCAUCUUUGACUGGCAAUUUAUGUAGUUUGUAGGUGGUGUUUUUCACAAGAAAUCUAAGUCAAUGAAAGUCUACCUUCAUGUCCCUUUCUAA